AUGUCACAAGAUUUAUCAGCAACACCUGAAACCCCCAAAGAAGAUGGCAGACCCAAGUGGGACAAUAAGUUCCAGUAUAUUUUAAGCUGUAUCGGAUUUGCCGUUGGCCUGGGGAACGUGUGGCGGUUUCCAUACCUGUGUCAGAUACACGGAGGCGGGGCUUUCCUGAUACCAUACUUCAUCGCUCUUCUCUUUGAAGGAAUCCCACUGCUACACCUCGAGCUGGCCCUUGGGCAGUGCCUGAGGAAAGGCAGCAUUGGAGCCUGGAACACCAUCUCUCCUUACCUUGGAGGCAUUGGAGUUGGUUCAUGGAUGGUGUCGGUUCUGGUGAGCUUAUACUACAACACUGUUUUAACUUGGGUGAUGUGGUAUUUCAUAAACUCCUUCCAAGAACCUCUUCCUUGGAGUGUUUGUCCUCUAAAUGAAAACAGAACAGGGUUUAAUGAAGAAUGUUAUGAAAGCACUGCAGUAAACUAUUUUUGGUACAGGAAAACUUUGAACAUAACACCUGAUAUUGCUGAGAGUGGCACAUUCCAGUGGUGGCUCAUUUUGUGCUUAGCAGCUUGCUGGGCAAUUGUCUAUCUCUGCACCAUCCGUGGAAUUGAAACCACAGGGAAGGCAAUUUAUGUCACAGCAAUAUUUCCAUAUCUGAUCCUGACUAUAUUCCUUAUUCAAGGACUCACUCUACCAGGUGCCACUGAAGGUCUGAUUUACCUCUUCACCCCUAAUCUGAACACUUUGAAAAAUCCCCGUGUAUGGCUUGAUGCAGCCACACAGAUUUUCUUCUCUCUCUCUUUGGCUUUUGGAGGGCUUAUUGCAUUCGCAAGCUACAAUCCAACAAAAAAUGACUGUGAAAAGGAUGCUGUGACAGUAGCACUUGUGAACAGCAUGACAUCCCUCUAUGCUUCCAUCCCAGUCUUUUCUGUUUUGGGGUUUAAAGCAACCACAGCCUACUGGGACUGCUUGGACAGGAACAUUAUCAAUAUCAUCAACGAAUUUGAUCUUCCAGAAGAAAGCAUCAUGCGACAGAACUAUACAUCCUGGAUUAGCUUUUUGAAUUCAUCAUAUCCAGAAAAAAUUGCUGGACUCAAACUGAAAAGCUGUGAUCUUCAAGAAUUUCUUGAUCAGAGUGUCUCAGGAACUGGCUUGGCUUUCAUCGUUUUCACUCAAGCUAUCAUCCUCAUGCCAGGCUCCCAAGCCUGGGCCAUCCUGUUUUUCAUCAUGUUGUUCAGCUUGGGCCUUUCUUCGAUGUUUGGAAACAUUGAGGGUGUCUUCACUCCUCUUCUAGAGCUUCAAAUUAUACCUAAAUCAGCACCUAAAGAGCUAUUAUCUGGUAUAAUAUGUCUGAUCAGCUUCCUCAUUGCUCUGUGUUUUACACUGGGUUCAGGGAGUUACUGGAUUGACAUUUUUGACAGAUAUGCAGCUUCAGUGCCUCUUCUAAUCAUCGCUUUCUUUGAAGUGAUUGGAGUUGUGUACGUCUAUAAAAUUAAAAGGUUCAGUGAAGAUGUGGAAUGGAUGACCGGUCGAAAACUCAAUCUCUUCUGGCAGAUCACAUGGAGGUUUAUUAGCCCUCUGCUCCUGCUAAUUGUCUUCAUGGCCUUUGUUAUACUUCAGAUGCAGAAGCCGCCAAGCUACACAGCCUGGAACCCUAAAUAUGAAGGCUUCCCCAUGAAAGAGGAGAAAGUUUAUCCACCUUGGGUACAGGCCAUUUGUGUGCUGCUGGCUGCCCUGCCUGGCAUGUGCGUACCUCUGGUAGCUCUCUUCCACCUGGUCAAACAAAGGCGCAGGAGCAAGGAGCCAAGCUUUGUACUACCAGAAGUCUCCUCCUGUCAGGGGGCUAACAGCAACUUUUCUCAUCCAAAAGAAUAAACAUGCAUAGUACCUGUCUGCAAGCAAAAAUAAGACUGCCUUUGUUACACAUUAUUAGCUGUCAUUUAGUAUCAUCCAAUCAACCUGGUAUACACAGUUCAUAUGCUUACAGCAAUCUGUAAACAAUGCUGUUGUGUUUCUGUUAAUUUCAACCAAUUUCAGAGCUUCAUGUAUCCCUCCAGCCAGAAUCCGAACUUGGAAAGCCUGUUAAUUAUUG